CUUCUUCUCGUAUUAUAUUAUCUCACAGCUUUGCGUUUGUGAAUCUGUUAUUGUCUUCUAUCUAUUCCAAAUCCCUUUCUUUUCAAUCUUUCUCUUCGAUCCCAUUUCGUAGAUCGGCUUGGUUCUUCCAUUGUCAACUAAUCAUGGUUCUUCACAGAGAACUAGACCAUCUUUUUUUUUCCUCUUUCAGCGACCCUCCCAAAGAUGGGUCGAAAUCCAGUGGCAUGUCCAUCGAAAAGAAGAUAGAGUUCCUUGAGAGCUUAACUGGAAAGGUCACAAAUCGAAGGUCCCGUAGGUGGUUAAAUGAUCGUCUCUUGAUGGAACUAGUACCGAGUUUAAAUGCUGAUGAGAUUAGAGGCUUAUUUGCCCCACCACCUUGGGGUGAUGAAGUUCCGCCUUCUACAUUUUCCUUGACUAACAUAGAGGAGUGGGACAAAUUCAGGAAUAUAGACAUGGAUAAAGAGGUUAAUAUAAUUAAUUCCCUGGAAAACUCCUUACAAAAAAGGAAAGGUCACAUUGAUGCUGAUAAGAUGACAGUGUUAAAUGGUUGGCAUAGAAUCGAUUGUAGAACAAGAGAUGCACUUCGCCGCAGUUCUCUUCCUGAGCUCAUAGACAAUUAUGAGGAAUGUUUACGGACAUUCAUAACAGCAAGCACAGAUGGAGAUGUUCUUGAAUUGCAAAUUCAGGAUCCUUUCCAUAGAUUGCUUCUGCAUGGAGUUUGUGAGUUCUACAAUCUGGCAUCGGAUACAGUGACAGAUUAUAAGUGUUCCAAGAUGACGAAGAUAAAGAAGAAGAAAAAGGGUUCUCCUGUGCUCCCAAAUAUCACUCUGUCCCAUUUUCUGAAGAUGACCAAGGAAGGAAGUUGGUAGUUUCUUGAGGCAGAGUCUGGUCCAUACAAUAAAAAGGCGGAACCAGAUAGUGUUGUACCAGGAUGAACAAUGUACGAUAUUUAGUAUUUCUUUAGAAUAUCAUUGUAAAUUGCUUACAUGACCUGUACUUUGAUUGGUUGAUACCAUCGGUCAACGAAAGUUGUUGAUUGUUGGUUUACAUUGUUGUAGCUCAUCGUUCUGAUUUCAACAAAUACCAUAUUUUAAGGUUGGAUUAUUAUUAUAUGGAUA